AUCAUGCUUAGACUUUUCAAAGAGACAAACUCCAUUUUCUUAUGAAUGGAAAGUGAAAACCCCUGUUCCGCUUAAAUUGGGUUCCUUCCUGUCCUGAGAAACACAGAGACCCCCAAAAGGGAAGCAGAGGAAAGAGAGACCUAGACCCCGGCCCCGCGAGAAGAGAUGACCAUGACCACCAUGCCAGAAAGUCUCAACAGCCCUGUGUCGGGCAAGGCGGUGUUUAUGGAGUUUGGGCCGCCCAACCAGCAAAUGUCUCCUUCUCCCAUGUCCCACGGGCACUACUCCAUGCACUGUUUACACUCGGCGGGCCAUUCGCAGCCCGACGGCGCCUACAGCUCAGCCUCUUCUUUCUCCCGACCGCUGGGCUACCCCUACGUCAACUCGGUCAGCAGCCAUGCGUCCAGUCCUUACAUCAGUUCGGUGCAGUCCUACCCGGGCAGCGCCAGCCUCGCCCAGAGCCGCCUGGAGGACCCAGGGGCGGAUUCCGAGAAGAGCACGGUGGUGGAAGGCGGUGAAGUGCGCUUCAAUGGCAAGGGGAAAAAGAUCCGCAAACCCAGGACGAUUUAUUCCAGUUUGCAGUUGCAGGCUUUGAACCGGAGGUUCCAGCAAACUCAGUACCUGGCUCUGCCCGAGAGGGCGGAGCUCGCGGCCUCCUUGGGACUCACGCAGACCCAGGUCAAGAUCUGGUUCCAGAACAAGCGCUCCAAGUUCAAGAAGCUGAUGAAGCAGGGCGGGGCGGCUCUGGAGGGUAGCGCGUUGGCCAACGGCCGGGCCCUGUCUGCCGGCUCCCCCCCUGUGCCUCCCGGCUGGAACCCCAACUCCUCGUCUGGGAAGGGCUCAGGCGGCAGCGCAGGCUCCUACAUCCCCAGCUACACGUCUUGGUAUCCCUCGGGGCAUCAAGAAGCUAUGCAGCAAUCCCAGCUCAUGUGAGGGUUGCCCGCUGGCACCGGCACGUCUCCUUUCCGUCUCUCCCAGCCCGGGCCCCUCCCACCUCCUGGUCCAUCCACCCCGUCAGCGUGUCCUGGGCUCGGAGGAGAAGGGCCCAGAGGGAAGGAAGAAGGGACAGUGAAGGCAGGACACUCGCCGCCUCCUCGGAGCCUUCCCUGGCGCUGGAGCCAGAUCCCGGCUUGGAACUCGCGCGGACGGCGAACUGCCCCUGCCCCAGCGCACGCACAUCCACCGGAGACAGCCCCAACAGCCAAAAGAGCCCGCUCGACCCGAUCCGCCGACGCUUAGCUUUGUGGGACUAUCAGGAAAAGCAAAAUGUAGAAAAAGCAAAAGCUCUUUCCUGUCCUGUCUGUCUCUUGCCUCCUUUCGCUCUGUGUCUGCGCGCUGACGAAAUCGAGGUCCUCGUCUGUUCGCUGUGCUCAUUCUGUAGCUUCUGCAAAUAGUCACCGUGUAGGAGGGGGAAGCAGUCCUCCGGAACGUCCAGAUCGGGAAUAGUGGGAAUUUUGUUCUUUGGGACGUUGUCCUGGGCUUUGCCUGGCUAUAUGUGUAGCUUGAUCGGGAAUUGGGGGAAAUUGGAGGGAAGGGGUCUUAUUUAUUGAGAAAUGGAAUUCGCCUAAGGCUCCAAGUGCCGGCCAGUUUGCGGUUCCGUGGGGCGCACCCAGCGCCCUGUCCAAAUGCAGUUUACUUUCACGCACCCGGGCAAACCAAUAAGGAGCACGUGGUGAUUUUUAACUUUCACAGUAACUUUUGUACUUCGCUGGUAUGAAGAGGUUGAAGCCUAGUGAUUUGCAUUUUUACUUGUCCCGUAUUAUUGAAAAAAGAAGAAAAGAAAGAGAAAGAAAUGAAGUUAACGCGAUUUUCUCGGGAGGAACACUUGGUCGCUUUGCCUGAACAAGAAGGAAUAUCCUCAUUCUGUUUCCGAGAAAGAGAAAGAGGGAGGACCAAUGGGCAGCGGAGAGAAAACAGGCAGGCAAGAGUAAGCGCCCUAAUUCUAGUGGGCUUUAAAAUAAGACAAGCAGCUUUAAAACAAUUCCCAGAGGCUCGACCACGGAAUAAUGCCAGUCACCACCCUGAACGCACAGUCUCCAGUGCAGGAUCUGAUCGCUGUACAUAUUACUGUUGUUAUUAUUAUUAUUGUUAUUAUUAUUGUUCCGUAAACAUGUUGCACAAGUUUAGCCUUUUUCCGUUCCAUUGUGUGUGGCUGUAAAACCUGAUGCUUUGUGAAAUGAGAAUCUUGACAUUUUACUUGUGAAAUUUGGAAAAUGUGGUCAAUUAAAAUCAACUGUGUUUU